AUGAUUAGGAGCAGGAAGUCCAAGAAGACGAGGCCGUGCACAUCAGACACGCGGAUCCCAGCCGCGGUCGCACACACGCCUUUUGCCGCGGCGGGGCCGUCGCGCAACGAGGUGCGCCGUCACAUCCAAGUCCUCGGCCCCAUCGAGCGCAACGACAUCAAGAAGGCCGAUUGGACGCUUCCAAGACAGGGACUGCCAAACAUUUUCAAGAACGCCGAGGAGGACGCUUGGGCCCUGCGCCAACUGCAACGCUUGGAGAAGGGCGAGCGGUUCGGCAAGAGACGGUUCAAGAUCAACGACUUUCCGACAGCCAUCGACCGCGACGUCAUGAGAUGGUACCGCGCCACAAUCGGCAUUCGGUUGAUCGUGCGGAUGUGCAAACUCAACGAGCGGUUCGGCAAGAGACGGUUCAAGAUCGACGACUUUCCGACAGCCAUCGACCGCGACGUCAUGAGAUGGAACCGCGCGACGAUCGGCAUUCGGUUGAUCGUGCGGAUGUGCAAACUCAACGAGCGGUUCGGCAAGAGACGGUUCAAGAUCAACGACUUUCCGACAGCCAUCGACCGCGACGUCAUGAGAUGGUACCGCGCCACAAUCGGCAUUCGGUUGAUCGUGCGGAUGUGCAAACUCAACGAGCGGUUCGGCAAGAGACGGUUCAAGAUCAACGACUUUCCGACAGCCAUCGACCGCGACGUCACGGGCUGGUACCGCGCCACAAUCGGCAUUCGGUUGAUCGUGCGGAUGUGCAAACUCAACGAGCGGUUCGGCAAGAGACGGUUCAAGAUCGACGACUUUCCGACAGCCAUCGACCGCGACGUCAUGAGAUGGAACCGCGCGACGAUCGGCAUUCGGUUGAUCGUGCGGAUGUGCAAACUCAACGAGCGGUUCGGCAAGAGACGGUUCAAGAUCAACGACUUUCCGACAGCCAUCGACCGCGACGUCACGGGAUGAUGGUACCGCGCCACAAUCGACAUUGGCCACGUCGCCUUGGCCGACGACGCACGCCGGUGGUGCAGAGUGGAGGUAGGCGGUCGCACCUUUCGCUACAAAGCAAUUCCGUUCGGAUGGAGUCUCAGCCCGUGCAUUUUCUGUGCGUUGACGAAGCGCGGACGCCAUCUCGCCAAGCUCGAUCGCGCCGGCGCGCCACUCUGGCAACCAAGCCUGGGAGCCGCAGUACUAGGCCUCCAUCGAGCUAGACAACGCGA